AUGAUCCAAACCAUCUCUUUAGGAGUCUUGAUUCUCCCUCUCCUAGCAUUAUGGACUUCGAGUUUGUCCCUUGCUUGUCGCGAGGAUAACCCAGCACUGUUGGCCUUCACAUACAUGAAGAUCGUCUACCCAGUCGCUUUCCUAGCCCUCACGUUUCAAUUCGCACAUCUCAUGCUCGAAAUUGCGAUGCGAUGGUUACCCAUGCCCCAUGGCCCGUAUGAGAUUCCGCAAGCAAAACCACACCACAUGGCUUCUAACAUGAGCAACCACCUUGACGCUCUAUCCUCGACACUCCUCGAUAUCGCGGACAUAUUUCUGAUAUUGGCGCUUUUUGAGCUUGGUAGUGGCUUUCUGGAACAUGUGACUGGGAGAGGCUCAAGCUUCCACCUUGUUGUUCGACACACGCUCCUUAUUCCCGCCGCAAUUAUUCUUUACCUCACCAUUGCCACUCAUGUCCAAAGCUACUUGAUCUGGUCAAAGUCUUUCUCCACAGACGAAGACGGCGAGUUUCAACUUCGGGCAGAUAUCGAGAGCCUGGAGGAGUGCGACACACCACUCCUGGCGUUGUGGUGGGCCGCUUCGUUUCUGUUAUUCUUGUACGCAUGUUUUAUUUGGCACAAGGCGAAAGAGAAUUCCCAGGUUCUCGACUCCACUGUGACUUUCCUCGCAGCAACGGUUCUAAACCUGUCCAAUCCAGUGAGGCAAGCAGUGAUCACCACACUAGAUCCAGAGAUCCUAGAAUGCAAGCUGUUCAUGAAUUAUCUCUACCUAGUUGAUGACAUGCUUGAUUACUGGGUACGCUUCCUCAUCAUUGCUCACAUCCUUGCCAUGGGCUUGCCAGGAAACUAA